AUGGCGAGCGAAGCUUCAUGGUCUUGCGACGCCAACGAUGCGGUCCAUGUUACAAUUGUCCAGCCGGGCGACAAGAAGCCCAAGACGCUAUCGGCAUUCCACCCCCAAUUCACUUAUCCUAUCUUCGGUGAUGAGGAACAGAUAUUCGGCUACAGGGGACUGAUCAUCCGCUUGCGCUUUGCGGCUCAUGAUAUGCGUCCUCACGUUCACACCUCUUACGACGAAAAGUUCAAGAGCAUCGGUGACACAAAGGCUCUGGAUCUUCUCGAGACGCUGAAGCCAUUUGUGCAGGAAGAGGCGUUCGCCAAUCUUCCCGACUACGAGAAAGCAGUUCAGAGCGACCCCGAUGCCAAAGACUUUAAGCCUCCCGGGGAGUUCGUUAUUGGAUAUGACGUCGAUGAUAGGAAAUAUGAAAUCUGGAGCGGUUCACUCUCAGACCCUGCAGUGCGCAAGAUCCUCGAUCGCAUGCAGGUUCUCGUUUCCCUCUUCAUCGAGGCAGGUACCCCCCUGGAAACCGAUGACCCAGAAUGGACACUCGACAGGUGGAUGGUGUACUUUGUAUAUGAAAAGGUGACGCCUCCCACUCCGACCGCAUCGUCCUAUUCGAUCGUCGGAUAUGCCACAACAUACCGCUACUGGUACUACCACCGGGAACAAUCGCAAGCUCCUGCAGUGAAGGACUACGAGUUCCCGGUGCCAGAAGUCAAUACUGCGGAACUCCCAGCCCGGAUUCGGAUCGCCCAGUUCCUGGUUCUACCUUCACACCACCGUGCCGGCCACGGCACCCACCUAUAUACCACAAUCCAUGCCGCCUGCAUCGCAGACCCAACUAUUUUGGAGCUCACCGUUGAGGACCCCAACGAGCAAUUCGAUGCGCUCCGUGACACAGCCGAUUAUUGUCUCCUACGGCCUGAGUUCCUGAAGCAUAAUGUCACUCUCAACCCGGACCCUCAUGGAGCCUUCUCUCAAAAGAAGCGCCCUCGCAAUGUUCCCACGUCCGCACUUAUCCCCACCAAACUCCUCGCGGACAUUCGGAAAUCAUUCAAAAUCGAAUCCACUCAGUUCGCCCAUAUCUUGGAGAUGUACCUUCUUGGUCAGAUCCCUAAAAGUCACCGCCUGGCCGGCGGCACAAAUCUUGCGAGGCUGCUAAUCAAAAAGUAUAAGGCUGAGAAUGAGGAGGAUCGUCGCUAUUACUGGUGGCGCAUGUUGACCAAGCAGCGUCUAUUCAAGAAGCACAAAGAACUUCUAAGUGAAUUGGAGCUUCUUGAUCGAGUGGAGAAGCUUGAUGCCACAGUUCAAAAUGUGGAGGAAGGCUAUGAGCUCACACUGGAUGCGCUUGAGGGCCGUUUGCCAGACGGGGAAUCUGAAGGGGAAGAAGUUCCUACUGGGAGCCGAAGCAAGCGUAAUAAGCGCAAGCUCACAGUUGAGGAAGACGACGACUGGGAAGACAUUGAAGAGCCUCCCAAGCGAUCAAAGGCUUGA